CUCAUAGGUCUGCUGAGAACCGAGACCGAGGCUUGAAUAAUAUUUCGCCUUCCUAUUUGUGAACCUAAAACUUGAGGCGUGAAGCGCAUUCCAGCAUUUCUUUGGAUGGAGGGGCCCUUUCCAGAUACUCACCUUUUCAUUGGCUGAGAGAAGUCACGUGAUGAUAGAACUGACAGCGGCCUUUUCCCAUUGGCCCGUUUUGGCUGCCGGAUAGAGGCGUGACACGCACCUACCCAAGGAUUUGACCAACAAUACCGCGGCCUGACUCGUGGAACGCACAUGGGUCAUUUUCUGUUACUGGGGCUUCACGCGUGGGUUAUUAGGGUGGGACUGGACUGCUAGGGGCCCAGGAUCUGGGGCAGGCGGCUUAGUCUUGGUGGGAUACCUGAGGGGUUAGUACUUAUUAUAAUAGGCCUACAUGAAAGAUCAUCUAAGGGGGCCAGUGCAUAGUGAGUAUUCUUGGAGGAGCAGUGGUUAAGUGCACUUAAGUCCAGUCCAGAAGAGGGGGUUGCAAGGAAGUCUGUGAGUGAGGGACCUCCUGGUUCUGACUUGAUAGCCGAGAGUUCUCCUGACCUUAUAGAUAUAGCAGAGGUUCCUCCUGGUCCUUGCAGGGUAGCCGAUGGUAUCCUGGUCCUUGCGGAAUAGCCAACGGUCGUCCUGGUGGUGUAGCCAAGGGCCCUCCUGGUCUUUGUAGAACAGCGAGGGUACUCCUGGCUUUAGAACGAUAGCAGAGGGGCCACCUGUCUUUGGAGGAAUAGCUGUGGGGCCACCUGAGGAGCUAGUGCUGAGUGCAGAAAAUCAAGGCCUAGCAGACCAGUAUUAGUGCAGGAGGCCCAGUCCCAUGGUCAUAAGUAGUCCUGGAAGGAUGGGAUGACCGCGUCAAUCUAAGUAGAGGUUUAGUAUUCCCCAGGAAUUGUAUUUUGUGAUGUUAGCCUAGCUAGUGUUGUCAUAGAGCAUAAGUCAUUUACCGGCGGACAUAUUGCAAAUAUUAGUGAAGCUGUUAAAUACCAUUCUAGCAGUUGCUGUGGCUGCUUGACAAGACCUUUGUUUUAAAACCAAUUCGCCCUAGAUCUUGGGUUCAUGAAAAAAAAAUGCCUCGUAAGAAGCCUUUUAGCAACAAGCAGAAGAAGAAGCAGCUACAAGACAAGAGAGAGAGGAAGAGGGGUCCACUUGAAGCUGGCAGGUCUGAGUCCAACAGUCGUAGCCAGAGCAGAGAACGUGGAGAGAAUACCGACACGUCUGACAGUGAGAGCAUCCGACCUCAAGUGAGGAAUAUCAAUCAGCAGCCACAGUUAUUCAAACUUGGAGACAGAGGAUAUGACCCCAACAGGUUUCGACUUCAACUUGAAAAAGAGAGUAAAGAGGAAAUCGAACACAGGAAGAAACUUGCUGUAGAGAAAAUACUGGAGAUCGUUCCAGAAACUGAACUAGAAGUGGAUAUAGAAAAAAUUUAUCGGCCAGGAUCAGUAUUGGAUUUCCCGAAGAGACCAGCUUGGAACUACGAGAUGAGCAAGGAGGCUGUGCUGCUCCAGGAGGAAAAGGCCUUCAAGGAAUAUCUGCAGAAGAUCUAUGAGAAUCACAGCCCUCGAGAGCUCAGCUACUUUGACCACAACCUGGAGACUUGGCGCCAGCUGUGGAGAGUUCUGGAGAUGUCUGACAUUGUCCUGCUCAUAACCGACAUCCGCACCGGUCAGUGUUGUGUGCUUCAUUUCUCGCCUGCUCUUUAUGACUAUGUCACUCAAGAAUUGGGACGGUCGCUGAUCCUUGUUCAUAAGAUUGACCUGGCUCCCCCAUCGCUGGUAGUAGCUUGGAAACAUUAUUUUCAGACCAGGUUCCCACAGGUCCAUGUGGUCUGCUUCACCUACCCCAGAGACCCCAAUGAGGAACAGGACCCCUCCGCAGUGUUUAAGAGACGCAGGAAGAAGCGACGGGUGAGGAGCUCAGCCCUGGGCCCCAAUCAGCUCCUGCGAGCUUGUGAGAUCAUCACAGCUGGGAAUGUUGACCUGACCAGCUGGAGAGAGAAGAUAGAAAGAGACUCUGCCGCGCUGUGUAGCCCCACAAGCAAGGAAGGGGACAGAGAGGAGAGUGAAGGCGAUGAGGGAGACGCCGUUCUCGCCCAGCAGGUCACUGAUGCAGAACUAGGGGUACCCAGCAGGGAGCUGUACAAAGAUGGGGUACUGAGCAUCGGCUGUGUAGGGUUCCCUAAUGUGGGGAAGUCUUCCCUGAUCAACGGGCUUGUCGGAAGGAAGAUUGUCAGCGUCUCCCGAACCCCAGGUCACACCAAAUACUUCCAGACCUAUUUCCUGACGCCCACAGUGCGCCUGUGUGACUGCCCCGGCCUGAUCUUUCCCUCACUUAUCGAUAAGCAGCACCAGCUUCUCGCUGGCAUCUACCCCAUCGCACAGAUCCAGGAGCCGUAUACCUCAGUGGGCUACCUGUCCUGCCGAAUCCCUGUCCCCAAACUCUUGAAACUUAACCAGCCAAAUGGAGGAGAGCGGGGCUGGACGGCAUGGGGCAUCUGUGAGGCCUGGGCAGAUAAGCGCGGUUAUAAGACGGCAAAAUCCGGUCGCAGUGACGCCUACAGGGCCGCCAACAGUCUAUUGCGCCUCGCCGUGGAUGGACGUCUUUGCUUGUGUAUGAGACCCCCAGGUUACUCUCUUCAGAAAGAGGUCUGGGAGCAACACCCAGACACCCUGGAGAUGGUCGCCCACGUUCAGGCACAAGGCCGAUCUGAUGGUCGCUCCUCCUCUGGUGGAGAAGAGGAGGAGAUUUCAAGUUCCGGUGAAGAGGAAGAAGAAUGUGACAGGGAUGCAGAUGAAGAGGAGGAUGAUGAUGACACCUCCACAUCCCAGGCCAAGAAAGCAGUCAAAAAUAAAACUGCUGACAUCAACCCCUAUGCCCUCCUAGGGGAAGACGAGUGUUAGAUGGGGGAUGUGAAUUUCAGGUGGUUGUGCUUUAGAAGGGAUAACGUCUUUUGCCUCUUUUUAAAAGCCUUUCCAUCCUUACCAUGCUGUAACCAAGCAGAGGCGUUUCCAGGCAGACAUUUGCUUUCAGCAAAGAGGCCGAUGACCUCUUCUCAGUAAUUCGCUCUUUGCUCGUCAGAAUUUUAUUUCAGUGCAGAGACGGGUGAAAAUUUGUUGCGUUAUUUCAUUUGCUAAGGAAACAUAGUUGGGAGAGAGUUGGAGAGCAUGAGAACUGGAAUCUGAUCCAUUCCUCACACUUCUCUUCACCCCUCUCUACCUCCAUCUCAUUACUUUCAUAGGACCAGGACUUGGUUUAAAAUGGCAGCUGAUAAUCUGCUUGGCAGUUUCUUCUUGGUGUAUCGUCACCAAUACACAGUGAGGCAGCCAUUAUGUGAGAGAUUAGGGAUAUCUCACGGGGCACUGAGGCAUAAGGCAUUGGGAUAUACCUCCGUGACGUUCCUACUACAUUGUUGGGCUGCAUUCUCAUGAAUAGUGUGGCCUGCUGAAUGGUGUAAGUGAUAUGUACACUAUAAUUCCAGUAUUAUCUGCAGAGUGAGGUGUGUGCCUUCUAGGAUAGCUGUGAACGAGUGUUUGGAAUAAUGCAAUUGUCAGCUGUAUAGUACAGCAGCUGCCUUCAUUAUACUAAACAAAUAUGCUCUGCGUUUUUUCCAUAUCAUCCAAAGGAAGCGUAUGGGGGACCAAGGUGCUGAUUAUAAUUGAAUACCUAUUUUCCUGACACAAUUCCAUAUGAGCGCGGACUUGUAUUGCUCAGAAUCAGACCUUAAUUGUCAGAAUUCCACAAAAUUAGCUUUCGGGUAAGAAUUAUCUCAGAAAUAACCUAUGACUGGGACUGUUGGGGCCGGGGGUGUUCUUAUGUCCUAAGGGAUUUUAACCUGCAAAAUGCAUCAGAAAGAUUCCCCCUAUCUCAGGCUCCCUUAUCGCCCCAGCUUGAAAGGCAUGUUACCCAGUUUCUCUUUGUUUUCAUGGCUUCAGAUGUCUAUUUUGCUGUACAAAAAAAAAAAAAUUAAAUUCAAUUAUAUUUACUGA